AUGGCGGGCGGCGGCGGCAGGAAGCGCCGCUUCGAGCCGCUGCUGGGCAACCUGGCGGCCGAGCGCAGCCGGCAGCUGGAGCUGCUGCGGGACAUGGGCAGCAAGAGGCCGGUCCUCGACAUCACCCGGGCCGUCAACAAGCAGCUGCGCCAGGAGGAAGCCGAGGCCGCCGCCGCCAAGGGCAAGAAGCAGUCGCAGCGGGGGAAGCGUGGCCGCCGGCAGCAGCGCGCUGGCCGCAGCGCCAAGAAGAGCGGAGCCCGGCGACAACAGCAGCAGCAGCGGCCUGUGGGCAGCGGCACCGGCAGUGGUGGCGGCAAGAGAAAGAAGGCGUGAGGGACAGAGGGGCUUCGUGCAGCACAGGGCUGGGGAUGCCCGCCAAGGCGCAGGAAGGGACUGUCGCUGACGGCCUCCUGCCCGGUGCUCUAUUCCCACACCUAUUUGUCAAUAAAUA